AUGACUCGACAUGCAAGAAAUUGCACUGCCGGAGCCGUUUACACCUACCAUGAGAAGAAAAAAGACGCUGCGGCCUCUGGGUAUGGUACACAAAGCGAACGAUUUGGGAAAGACUCCGUCAAGAAUUUUGAUUGUUGUAGCUUAACCCUCCAGCCUUGUAGAAACCCAGUGGUUACUAAAGAAGGAUAUCUGUUCGACAAAGAAGCUAUUCUUGAGUAUAUAGUUACUAAAAAGAACCAAUACACCCGUAAAUUGAAAGCAUACGAGAAGCAGUUAAAGAAGGAAGAAGCAGAAAAAAAUGAACUCGCAGCUGCCCAAAAAGAGGCUAACUUGAUAAAAUUUAUGAAUAGGGAGAAAAAUAUAUCUAGUACCACUAUUAAGGGGUCGGAGAACAUGCCUUCGACUUCGUCUUCAAUUUCGAACCUCGCGAAUGGCAAAGACAAACAAUUGCCAAGUUUUUGGGUUCCUUCUCAACUACCAGACGCCAAAGUGUCCAAGCUUGAGAAACCAGACUCAACAGUAUAUUGCCCUAUCAGUGGGAAACCGCUGAAAAUGAAAGAUCUGAUUGAAGUAAAGUGGACGCUGGUCAAUGAUCCUGAUGACAAGAAAUCUUUGAUAGCUAAGGAAAAUAGAUACAUGUGUCCUAUUACUCAUGAUAUUUUGAGUAAUGCUGUGCCUUGUGCUGUGAUCAGGACAACUGGCCAUGUAGUAACAAUGGAGUGUGUAGAAAAAAUUAUCAAGAAAGACUGGACACAUCCUCUGACUGGGGACAAACUGAAGGAAAAAGACAUCAUUCCAUUGCAGAGAGGAGGCACGGGAUAUGCGUUCACAAAUCAAAGCUUAGAGGGAAAGCAUGAAAGACCUGUGUUACAGGCUUAAAUAGUUUGACUUUUUAGAGUUUUAGU